AUGGCACUCGUCUCAGGCAGCGGUAUCGCAGCUCUCUCUUCUUCCUCGCUCAUCUCCAACAAGAUCCAUGUCCAAUCGCAAUCGCCCACAUGCUCCAUCGGGACAAGAAAUCUAGUAGUAGUAAGAGCGUCCUCGAACAAAUCAAGGGAUGGUGGUGAUGGCAGCAUCAGUGGCGUUCUCGACGGCACCAAGAAGGAGAUAACCCGCGAGGAGGUGCUCAAGAACCAGGCUGAGAACGAGUCGGAGAAGCGCUCCGUGUUUGGAGCUGUCCCAUUGUCCGGAUCGCUCUAUCCCAGGCCAGAGGUUGAGAGGCGACUAGAGACUGGGGAUCGAUCGUUCCCCAGCUUGAUGGCGUUUGAUGGAGCUGGCCCAGAAAUGAUCAACAGAAGACUGUGGAGCAAAUGA